GUCUCCUGCAUUGGCAGACACUGAGCCACCUGGGAAUUUCAAAGGAUGUGGCAGUGGUUUUUAUAUUGAUAAAAUAUUGAAAAACUGAAAAGGUGAAUCCCUUAUAUCAGUGGCAUAUCAUUUCUAAAGUGCCAGGGCAUACAGACUCUUAGAGACUGUGUGUAGCUGAACUAUUUGACAUUUUUCUGAUGGUGUGACUUUUUCUUUUUUGGCUGUGCUGGGUCUAUUGCUGUGUGACCUUUUCUCUAGUUUCGGUCAGUGGGGGUUAUUCCCCAGUUCCAAUGCACAGGCUCCUCACUGUAGUCACCUCUCGUUGCAGAGCCAGGAUUCUAGGGCACAUGAGCUCAGUAGUUGUGGCUCCCGGGCUUAGCUGCUCCAAGGCAUGUGUGAUCUUCCUGGAUGAGGGAUUGAACCCAUGUCUCCUGCAUUGGCAGGAGGAUUCUUUACCACAGAGCCAUCCAGGAAGCCCUGAUGGUGUCACUUUGAAAUAGUCUAAUAAAUACUCCUUUGUCUGGAACAAAUAAUCAUUUAAUUUAGGCCAGGGGAAAACUUACAGAAUACAGACCACAUUUCCCUGAAGAGACAGGACAUCCCCAGGGGAAAUAUCUGGCAUUUAUUCCAUUCUUUCUGUUACUGAAAAAAUGUGUCUGGUUAACAAAAGCUUGUUAUACUUUACAUGUAGCUUAAAUUAAAAUCAAGAGCCUGGCAGCAUUCUCCAGUCCAGUUUCUGAGUGGUCAUCUCCAAGUAUCCAAUAUUCUUAAAAGAACUCUUUGAUCAGACCCUUGCCCAGUUAGAGAUUUAACAGUACUUGGAGACUACAAUAUGUCCCCUUUCUCUGCUUUUUGAUUUCUCUUUUCUCACCCUAAUGUAACAUGCUGCUACAGGUUUUUACCAAAAUACCUGUUUGGUAUUGUUUUGAAAAUGGGUUAUUCUGCAUUACCAAAAGCCUUCCAUCACAUUAGAAUGGGUCACAUUAGCAUCUAACUAGCACAUGGCCACAUCAUCUCUGUGGCAGUGAUUUUUGCCACUCAGCAUAGUUCCUGUAUCUGUCAUGUUCUUGUCUCUCAAAACACCCUCUAUUUAGUUGAUCAGCUCAUCUUCACUCAUUGGUGCCUGUUCAGUCCCUUCCUCCUCCAAGGUUGGAUCACAGCCCUCACCAGUCAAAGCCAGAUCAGGCUGCUUCCUGGUUGACUCAGCCACCAGGCUUCCUCAGAUUUAGUAUCAACCCCUCAUCUUUGACGCUUUCCAGGUGAUGCGGUGGUAAAGGAUCCACCUGCCAGUGCAGGAGACACAAGAGACCUGGGUUGGAUCCCUGGGUCAAGAAGAUCCCCUGGAGUAGGAAACGCAACCCACUCCUGGAGAAUUCCAUGGACAGAGGAGCCUGGCGGGCUACAGUCCACGGGGUGGCAAAGAGUCAGACGCCACUGAGCCGCUGAGCACACAUUUACACGCCUGACCUUUCCACCGAGAAGGCCCUUCCAAAACACUUCCACAACCUCAGCUGGAAACUUUGGCAAAAAACUGUCCCUGUGGUACAGAGGCUUGCCAGGGCAAGAUCUGCCCAGGGCACUCGGCGCCCACAUGGGAGCUCAUACCUCCUGUUUGCAAAACUUCACCCUCCCUCUGACUAACAACUUAAAGAAGGGGCUCUCUAAGCCAGGGGCCCUCUUCUCUGCCUUGACCUAGAGUAGGUUGGGGAGAGCAGGCCAGGGACCCACAGGAGGGCUCAGCCUUGAGAUUGUGCUGCAGACAUAACAAAGGGGUGGGGACCUCGGAGGGCAGGGGCGGAGCGAAGCAGGUAAUAUCCAUCCUCGGAGACCAGAACCCAGCAUUGCCGGGAUCUCUCCCUGCGCACAUCCCCAUGGACCGCACCGUGGUACUCAUCACCGGCUGUUCCUCCGGCAUUGGCUUACACCUGGCCCUGCGACUGGCGUCCGACCCGUCCCAGAGCUUCAAAGUGUACGCCACGCUGAGGGACCUGGCGUCACAGGGCCCACUGCUGGAGGCCGCCCAGUCCCGAGGGUGCCCUCCCGGCUCCCUGGAGACGUUGCAGCUGGACGUGAGGGAUGCAGAUUCCAUAGCCGCUGCCCAGGCACGCGUGACGGAGGGCCGCGUGGACGUGCUGGUGUGUAACGCAGGCCGGGGCCUGGUGGGGCCGCUGGAGGCCCACAAGGAGGGCAGCGUGGACGCCGUGCUGGACGUGAACCUAAUGGGGACCGUGCGGAUGCUGCAGGCCUUUCUGCUGGACAUGAAGCGCCGCCGCUCGGGACGCAUAUUGGUGACCGGGAGCGUAGGCGGCCUGAUGGCGCUUCCCUUCAACGCCGUUUACUGCGCCAGCAAGUUCGCGCUCGAGGGUUUAUGCGAGAGUCUGGCGAUUCUGCUGCAGCCCUUCGGGGUCCACGUGAGCCUCAUCGAAUGCGGCCCAGUGCACACCCCCUUCCCCGAGAAGCUGGAGGGCGGCCUGGGCGGGAUGCUGGACCGCGCGGACGCCGAGACCCGCGACCUCUUCUACCGCUACCGUCGCCACUGCGAGCGGGUCAUACGCGAGGCGGGUCAGGACCCGGAGGAGGUGGUAGAGGUCUUCCUCCAGGCGCUGCGCGCCCCGCGCCCGGCCCUGCGCUACUUCACUACCGAACGGUUCCUGCCGCUGGUGCAGCUGCGCGUCUCCGACCCCAGCGGCUCCAGCUACGUCGCGGCUGCGCACCAGUCAGCGUUCCACGACAAGGCCGCCGAGGGCUCCGACGGCGCCGGGGCGGAGGCUGAAGCUGAAGCCAGAUGUGUAAAGAAACAAGCCUAAAUGAGCCAAAAGGAGACAGCCCCACUCACCCCCUCCUUGCCUCCUGCCCGAGACAACACUCAACAGGAGAGAUCCCUGUCUGGAGCCGCGGAGAUGCACCCAGUCCAUGACAAGGUCCUGGGAUGAGAGAGGAACCUGCAAGGCAGCUCUUCCUCACAUGGGGCUGCCCCGGGGGCCCAAUAUGUCCCCUCCGGAGCUGCCGGGAUGAGAAAGGAACCUGCAAGGCAGCUCGUCCCCUCGAGGUUGUCCCAGGGGCCCUGUAUGUCUUCUGUCUUACUGUUGUC